GCCAGGGCCCGGCCGAUGGUCCCACCCGCCAGGCUGCGCCGCCACUCCCCACGGGCCUCGCUGGCGCCUGCCGCCGUCGCCGCCGCGGCCAGCGAGAGGCAGAAAUUGACCCCGCCUGCCCCGGCCCUCGGCCCCGGUACGCAGCCAAUCCCCCGGCCCCCGCCCGGGACCCAGCACUGGCCGCCAGCCGACGACCGCCUUGUUCGGACGCCAUGCCCCGCCGGGCGCGGCCCAAGGGCAUCACUUCCGGCCGACGCCGGAAGUCGGAAGUCCGAGCCGAUCCCGGGCGCCCGGGCCAGCGGGAGCUCCCUGCCGGUCCAGUUUCUGAAUGCAGGGGACCCCGGGGCGCACCCCGAUGCCGAACACGCGGCUUCUGGUGCUCUUCGGCAGCCAGACAGGCACAGCCGAAGAUGUGUCGGAGAGGCUGAGCCGCGAGGCCCGGCGCAGGGAGGUUGGCUGCCGGGUGCAGGCCCUGGACUCCUACCCCGUGGCCAAGGAGAGCCCCCGGACAACAUGAAGAGCUUCUGGAGGUUCAUCUUCCGGAGGAACCUGCCAUCGACCUCCCUCUGUCAGAUGGACUUUGCUGUCCUGGGCCUUGGGGACUCAUCUUACGCCAAGUUCAACUUUGUGGCCAAGAAGCUGCACCGACGGCUGCUGCAGCUCGGGGGCAGCGCCCUCCUGCCCGUGUGCCUGGGCGAUGACCAGCACGAGCUGGGGCCCGACGCCACCAUCGACCCCUGGCUGCACGACCUGUGGGAGAAGGUGCUGGGGCCGCACCCUUUGCCCCUUGACCUCGGCCUGAGCCCGCCUGGAAUCCCCUGGCCCUCCAAGUUCACCCUGAAGUUCCUCCAGGAGGUCCCUAGCACGUGCUCUGAGGAGCUGUGUGUGGCCGGGACAGACCCUCAGGGACCCCCUUCAGAGCUACAGCCCUUCCUGGCACCCAUGGUCACCAAUCAGAGGGUCACCGGCCCCUCACACUUCCAGGAUGUUCGGCUGAUUGAGUUCGACAUCACGGGCUCUGGGGUCAGCUUUGUGGCCGGCGACGUGGUGCUGAUACAGCCCGAGAACACGGCCAGCCAUGUCCAGCAGUUCUGUCAGGCACUGGGCCUGGACCCCGACCAGCACUUCACGCUGCAGCCCCGGGAGCCAGGUGUCCCCUGCCCCACACGGCUGCCCCAGCCCUGCUCCAUUCAGCGCCUCGUGUCCCAGUACCUGGACAUCACCAGCGUCCCCCGCCGCUCCUUCUUUGAGCUCUUGGCCUACCUCUCCUGCCAUGAGCUCGAGCGGGAGAAGCUGCUGGAGUUCAGCUCGGCCCAGGGCCAGGAGGAGCUGUGCGAGUACUGCAUCCGGCCCCGCAGGACGGUCCUGGAGGUGCUGUGCGACUUCCCACACACGGCUGGCGCCAUCCCCCCGGACUACCUGUUGGACCUCAUCCCCCUGAUCCGGCCACGGGCCUUCUCCAUUGCCUCUUCUCUGCUGGCCCAUCCCUCGAGGCUGCAGAUUCUCGUGGCAGUGGUGCAGUACCAGACACGCCUCAAGGAGCCCCGCCGGGGCCUCUGUUCCAACUGGCUGGCGUCUCUGGACCCUGGGCAAGGACCUGUUUGGGUGCCCCUGUGGGUGCGGUCCGGGGGCCUGACGUUCCCAAAGACACCAGACACGCCUGUGAUCAUGGUGGGGCCAGGCACUGGUGUGGCCCCCUUCCGAGCGGCCAUCCAGGAGCGAGUGGCCCAGGGUGAGACCGGAAACGUCUUGUUCUUCGGCUGCCGCCAGCGGGACCAGGACUUCUACUGGGAGGCCGAGUGGAAGGAGCUGCAGACGCGGGGCUGCCUGACUCUCGUCACAGCCUUCUCCCGGGAGCAGGAGCAGAAGGUGUAUGUGCAGCACCGGCUCCGGGAGCUCGGGCCGCUGGUGUGGGGACUGCUGGAUCUCCGGGGCGCUCACUUCUACCUGGCGGGCAACGCCAAGUACAUGCCAGCUGAUGUGUCGGACGCCCUCACGUCCAUCUUCCAGGAGGAGGGCGGGCUCUCCGGCCCCACCGCGGCCGCCUACCUCGCCAGGCUCCAGCGGACCCUGCGUUUCCAGACCGAGACGUGGGCCUGAGGAGCCGUCCUGCUGUUGGCCACGGCCACUCUGACUGCUGCUCUCUGGAGACCAUUGUUACCUCUCUCCCUGUCCAGUCCCAGCUGGGAGGACAGUCAGCUCUCCUUCCUGCACAGACCCCGAGCAGCGGGAGGAGACCCCCAGGCAGCCCACACCGUACAGCCUGAGCAAUAAAGGAUGGGCUCUGGGCGGCCGCUUCUUA